AUGGAGAUCAUCUCAGUCCAUUCAGGAUCUUUACCACCAGCUGUACAAUCAUACCUAGGUGAUCCCCUCUUUGCAAAACACUCAGAAAGAGCACCAUGUGUGACACAGAGGAGUUUGUGGAGGAGUUUGAGGAAGAACAGGAGGAGGUGAACGAAGAGGAAGAGGAGGAGGUUGAAGAAGAGGCUGAGGAGGAAGAAGAGGAAGAAUUGGAAGAAGAGGCUGAAGAAGAUAAAACUGAGGAGAUAGAGGAAGAAGAUGAGAAAGUGGCAGAGGAGGACACCAAACCAAAGCCCAAGAUGUUUGUUCCCAACAUUAUGGCACCAAAGCUGCCUGAAGGAGAGAAGGUGGACUUUGAUGACAUUCACCGGAAGCGUGCAGAGAAGGACUUCAAUGAAUUGCAGAGUCUCAUUCAGCUGCACUUCUCCACCAGGCAGAAGGAAGAGGAUGACCUCGUGGCUUUGAAGAACCGUAUUGAGCGACGUCGGGCUGAUCGGGCUGAGCAGCUGCGCAGCAGAGCAGAGCGUGAUCGCGAGAGGCAGGCGCGAUUUGCCGAGGAAAGAGCACGGCGUGAAGAGGAGGCCGCCAAACUGCGAGCUGAGGAGGAGGCCAGGAAAAAGAAGAUCCUUUCUAACAAGGGCUACGGUGGCUACCUGCAGAAGGUCGAUCAGAAGAAGGGCAAGAGGUUGACGGAGCGCGAGAAGAAGACCAAAUGUCUGAUGGAGCGUCGCAAACCGCUCAACAUCGAUCAUCUCAACCAGGAGAAGCUUGGUGAGAAAGCCCUUGACCUUUGGAAGUGGCUCAGUCAACUGUAUGCUGAGAAGUUUGAGCUGGCAGAAAAGUUAAAGAGGCAGAAGUAUGACAUCAAUGUUCUGCGGAACCGCGUUAUUGACCAUCAAAGGGGAACUAAGACAACCAAGACCACCAGGAAGUCCUGGAAAUAAAUGAAUCAGAUUGACACAUGCGAUGAAACAAAACAGAGCCAAAAAGGUUUGCUGGAAUCACAGUUUCAAGUCUCGUAUUGAACUUUUUAGGACAUCAUUUCUGUUUUUAUUUCUUUUGAUUAAUAAUUGCCCCUAAUGUUACACUUUAUUCAUUUAGCAUUGUAUUGUACAUGUAAUGGGUUUUAUAGUGUUAUUCUUUCGUUUUAUGUGAUCUGAAGUCUUGAGCUCAUGCUGCAAACCUUUUAAAAGUUGUUAUUUUUCUUUGUGCACAAGAUAUUACAACAUGCAGUAGAAAUGCAAAUCAAAAUGUUUUGCUUAUAUCUGAAUGUGUGUUUUUUUUUCUUUCGCUAAAGCAGCAAUUAACUUUCAACUUAACUUGAAAGACUCAAAGACUGCUUUUCUACAAUUACUAAUUAAAAAGCUACAAAAGUUCUUGCAGAAAUUACAAAUAAGAAAUCAUUUUAAAUGUGGAAUUAA